AUGGCCGAGCAGCCUCCGCCACAGCAGAUGGAAACUUCCUUCCUCUUCAUCCAGCUGCGGGCCCCCCCUGCACCAGCUGUCCCCGCCCAGUCUCCAGCCGCUGCCGCAGCCCCAGGAGGCCUGGAGGAGGGACACAUUCCCCCAAGUCCCAGGACAGGCUUGGCAGGCUGGGACCUCAGGCGCACACAGGGCUUGGCUGCAUCUCCGUGGAGCCUGCUGCAUAAGGCAGGGCCCGGCCCAGAGCAACCAGCCGCUCUCCGCUGCUGCUCAGCGAGGGAGAAGGAGGCAGGGGACAAGCUCCAGGGUCUGGAUGUGACAAGAGGCGGCGUGUGUGCAUCCCCGCGUGGCAGGCACUGCAGGGCCCCUACCUCUAGGAAACUAGGCGGGCUCCAGGCCCUGUCAUGCAGGCCUCGUUGGCCAGCUCCCAUCAUGAACCAUGGAAACAGCGAUCGCUCCACGGGCGGGAGACACUGGCCGGCCUUUUCUGCCCCCCAGGAACUGUGGGGCGUGGACCACCACUCCAGAGAUGCCUGGGCGUGCUCAGUUCUGCAAGCUACCACGGCCCACGCUGCCCGCAUGGACAAGAGGUCUCCCCUGAUGGAGAGUGCUGAGACCUGCGGGCGACUCCCAAAGAGUUAUGGCUCAGGCUCGGGUCCCGCAGGACAGGCGACAAGGGCACGACUCUACAGAUACCGCCCCGCCGUGCAGACCAGCCAGUGCUGCCCGGCCCCACCUGCCGCUCUGCCUCUCAAGGCAGAGACAUUUGUUUGGGUUAACAAUGCAUCAGCACAUUCCCAGAGUGUUGCCAAGGCCAAAUAUGCAUUUUUAUUUGGCAGAUCUGAAGAGAAAACUCCAGACACUGGUGAUCAUGGAGGAAGCACUUUACUCCCAUCAAAUGUCACAAAUGAAUUUCCAGAAUAUGGGACCAUGGAGGAGGGUGGCGAGGGCCUAAAAGCCUCCCUGGAGCUUGAUGCAGAGUCUCUGCCAUGCCGCGCAGCAGGCCAGCAAGGUGUCCAGCGGCCUGCUGGCCCCUAUGCCGGGCCCGACAGUGUUACAGGACCAAAAGGUGUCAGAGAGGCCCCUUCUCAAAGUCACCUCAAGGAACAAAGUUUACAGCCCAUUGACUCUUUGAUUUCAGCUCUGAAAGCCACAGAAGCCAGAAUAGUUUCAGAAACAUUACAGGCUACAAAGGUACUGGACAAAGAUGCUGUUUCUAGUUUUUCAGUUCAGCAGGUGGAGAAAGAGCUGGACAGUGGCAGCCGUAAAACACAGAGAGCCAGUGAGCCCCUUACUGCUGGCCAGGAAAACACACGAGAUAUACCUCUUCCAGCUGAAGAAAAAGGCGAGGAAAAUUUGUAUUUGAGCAUCCAGAAGGACCUGGCUGCACUGUUAACUGGAGAAACUCAGGCUGAGCUUCCCCAGAUAACCAGUAAUGGGAGCAAAGGGGCUGUCUGUGUGCAGGAGCCAGCCUGUCCUGUGUCCUGCAUGGGGGGCCACACAGCGACCUGCAGUCCUGUCCAUGGUGUUGGGUUCUUGAAAGAGCAAAGGUCUGAUCUUGGGAGGGAGCACCCAGGGAGAUGUGAUCAUAGCAGCUCUACAGGCCGCCCGGGCCGGACCAAGCAUGUGGAAUUUCAUGGUGUAGAGAUACUGUGGACGGGAGAGAGGAGAGAGACCCAGCACCCUACAGAUAUGGAGACAUCACUGGAAAGAAGAGCCUCACUUGAGAGCAAAGCAUUUUCCAAGGCGCCCAGCCAUCUCCCCCCGUCCGCUGGUCUGCCUGAUUCACGGCGGGGUGAAUCCUGGAGAGCUCCUGGAGAGAGGCCUGGCACCAGCUCAGGGACAUUUUCCCCUGUGCCUCUCUUGGAGAGUGGAGAGGAUGAAGUCUUCCUGAAGGAAAACAGACACCCUCUGGAGAAAGACAAGGAAAGGACCCUUGACCAGGAGGAGCAUACCAGGGGAGGAGACGAUGAUAUUCUUGGGCCCGGGUAUACAGAGGACUCCACUGAUGUGUACAGCUCCCAGUUUGAAACCAUUUUGGACAACACUUCUUUAUACUACAGUGCAGAGUCCUUGGAAACGUUAUACUCAGAGCCCGACAGCUAUUUCAGCUUUGAAAUGCCCCUCACGCCCAUGAUACAGCAGCGCAUCAAGGAAGGUGGCCAGUUUUUGGAAAGGACAUCAGCGGGAGGACAGCAGGAUGUCCUGAGUGUCUCUGCGGAUGGCGGCAUAGUGAUGGGGCUUUCUAGUGGAAUCACCAAUGGGCUGAGUGAUGGCAACAACUGCAUCUACCUGGAAGGCACCCCCGAGAUGGCUUUCUGGCAAAGCAAUCCUGGGGUGAAAACAACAUGUCUAGAGGCUCAUUCUGAAAUGGGGAGCACUGAAAUCCUGGAAAAGGAGACCUCAGAAAGUCUCAGCAAUGGUACCAGCAGCAACGUGGAAGCAGCCAAAAGGUUGGCCAAACGCCUCUAUCAACUGGACAGAUUCAAGAGGUCGGAUGUUGCGAAACACCUCGGCAAGAAUAAUGAAUUUAGCCAACUCGUUGCUGAAGAAUAUCUGAAGUUUUUUGAUUUUACAGGAAUGACGCUGGACCAGUCUCUCAGGUAUUUUUUUAAGGCUUUUUCUCUUGUGGGAGAAACUCAAGAACGAGAGAGAGUUUUAGUACACUUCUCCAAUAGAUAUUUUUAUUGUAAUCCAGACACCAUUGCUUCACAAGAUGGAGUCCAUUGCCUUACCUGUGCUAUGAUGCUUCUCAAUACGGAUCUGCAUGGCCACAAUAUUGGAAGGAAGAUGACCUGCCAAGAGUUCAUUGCAAAUCUCCAAGGGGUAAAUGAAGGUGCUGAUUUCCCCAAGGAUCUGUUGAAAGCUCUGUACAAUUCGAUCAAGAAUGAGAAGCUUGAAUGGGCAGUAGAUGAUGAAGAGAAAAAAAAGUCUCCCUCAGAAGGCACUGAUGAGAAGGCUAAUGGAAUGCAUCCGAAAACCAUUAGUCGCAUAGGCAGCACCACAAACCCAUUUUUGGACAUUCCUCAUGACCCAAAUGCUGCUGUGUACAAAAGUGGAUUCUUGGCUCGGAAAAUCCAUGCAGAUAUGGAUGGAAAGAAGACUCCAAGAGGAAAGCGAGGAUGGAAAACCUUUUAUGCUGUACUGAAGGGAACAGUUCUUUACUUGCAAAAGGAUGAGUAUAAGCCAGAGAAGGCCUUGUCUGAGGAGGACCUGAAGAACGCUGUGAGCCUGCACCACGCCCUGGCCUCCAAGGCCACGGACUACGAGAAGAAGCCCAACGUGUUCAAGCUCAAAACUGCCGACUGGAGGGUCUUGCUUUUUCAAACCCAGAGUCCAGAGGAAAUGCAAGGGUGGAUAAACAAAAUUAACUGUGUUGCAGCUGUAUUUUCUGCACCGCCUUUUCCAGCAGCCAUUGGCUCUCAGAAGAAGUUCAGCCGCCCACUUCUGCCUGCCACAACAACAAAAUUGUCUCAAGAGGAACAGCUGAAAUCCCAUGAAAGCAAGCUGAAGCAGAUUACCACUGAGCUGGCCGAGCAUCGCUCCUACCCCCCUGACAAGAAGGUCAAAGCCAAGGACGUAGAUGAAUACAAACUAAAAGACCACUAUCUAGAGUUUGAGAAAACCCGGUAUGAAAUCUACGUCAGCAUCCUCAAAGAGGGAGGCAAGGAGCUGCUGAGUAACGAUGAAAACGAGGCUGCCGGACUGAAGAAGUCACACUCAAGCCCGUCGCUGAACCCAGAUUCAUCCCCCAUCACCGCCAAGGUCAAGCGCAACGUGUCCGAGAGGAAGGAUCACCGGCCUGAGACACCAAGCAUUAAGCAAAAAGUCACUUAGAAUUCAUCUGCGGCCAGGAAGUGCUGGUCAUGGAGCAAAAUAGGAUUUUUCACGAUCUUUCGGGUAAUCCAUGAAUAUAUUAAAAAAAAAAAAAGUCUGUGACUAAAUGGUGCAUUAGUAACUUUUUCUAUUAUAUAUUUUUGUUAGUUUCUGUACAGACUGUCUUUGCUCUUGAUUUCUUUGCUUUGAUGAUUUUUUUGCAACUUGAUAACUAAUGCACCUUUUUGUGAGGGGGAGGGGAUCAUGAUUUCAGAAUGAAUUAUGUAUUCCUUCUCCUUUGGUUUUCUCUUGUUUGCACACUGCUCAGUUGUCUUAUGUAUUCUCAAAUCAACUGUUAUACCUUUUUUUAAGGUUAAAAAAUUUAAUCCAUUGUGAAACACUUAACUGGACAAACUUUGUAGUUUAGUAAAUUCUAGCCAGAGUUAAUAUAAGCCUUUAUAUGUGAACUCUUGCCCAGUCACAGAGGUGGAACUGAGCGCUCCCGAUGCUCAAGGAAGGAUGACAAGGCUGGGAAUCAAGAGGUUCCAGUACCAUGCAGCUCUGUGUGCAUCUUCGCACUGUUGUUGAGCUCUGGCCCUGCUGGAAGCAGGGAAAGGGGCGUGCAGAUCACAGGGCUGGAGGACUUAGGAGCACACAGCAGCUGGCUUCAAGUGUGGAUUCCAUUUCAGCCAAGCAGGGGGAAGCAGAAGUGGAGUCGUACUGCCGUGGAAGGUUGAGUGAAGCCUGCUCCCUGUGGGUUUUGUUUUCUACAGGAUGGUGGCAGUAAUGGGUCCCCGGGGAGCUGCAGCCGUAGACAGGUGUUUGUUACCUCACUCCCACAGGGGUAGACUAGGAAUCCAGAAUCAUCUCUGUUGUUGGUACCCUUCCAUCCAGGAAUAGGUUCUUUUUAACUCUAACGUGUAUGUAUAUAUUAGGCAUGGGUUAUUUCCUGGUUGUAAGAAUAUUGGGGGUCUUGCUUCCUAACAACAUGUUGAAAGUGGAACCCCGUUUUUUUCUUUCCUUAAAUCAUGACAAAAUAAGGAGGAAAAAGAAGCUGCAGUUGCCAGGCAAUGGGUGUAAGGCCGUAAGGAAGUGCUACCCUGAAUUGUGGCUGGGAAACAGAAAUCUGCUGGCAGCCAUGGGAAGCUGCUUGGUCCAUUUUUCAUGACCAUCUCUUGUGUAGCCACUUCACUCAGCUACUACCGAGCUUCCUCAUAAAAAACAUUUCAAGCUGCUCUGUUAACGUUGCAGGCACAAGCUUGUUGCAGGAUAGUCCCUUUGAAAUUCAAGGUGAUCAACAGGACAUUCUCUUACAGAGGAGGAGGAGGCAGUGUGAAAGUUCAGCCCACUCUGGCUUUAGAACUUUCCGAUUCCCAAGUCUUGAAAUUUUGUAGUCCUGAAAGUUACAGUCACCACAAAUUCAGAACUAAUGGAGUCACUUUGAAUAUUCUUUUUCCUCCUGUAGAAGUCUUCUCUCAUCUACGCAGUUUAUUAGUUUGACGGUACGAUGACCAAAGAAUCAGCUGCUCUGAGUGGAUAGUGUGGUUCCAGUGAACUUGAGAAAGCCCGUUUGGAUGUGGGGUGGUUUCUAGUGGUAUAUGAUGAUGAUGUACUGGCCUUUACUUGCAGGAAGAUUUGUCAGUGUUUACAUCCUUCCCCGUGUACAUGUCCAUAUUUGCAAGUGCCCAGAGAAGAGUAAUCUCCCCCUAAGUUGUAGUUGCUUGCUUGCCUCUUGCGGUACUUUGAAAAAACUAGCUCGCUCGCUCUCUCUGUUUCUCUCUCUUGUUUAGGUAGAAGCAAUGAACAAAUUUCUGUUUCAGAACAGGAAACAAUCAGGGCAGUUAUUCUCGUGGCCCAUGCACCUGAUGCAUUUGCAUAGCUCCUUAAUGAACCCAAGGUUUCCACAAGCAGGUUGUCUUUCUGCCUAAAAUCUGAAUUAUCAAUGUGUUUGUUUUCUGCAUCAAUAUUUAUUAGUAGGUGAGGAGAGAGAGGUACUUAGACCAUGUCAUCUAUGGUUUGAAUGUGUUUGCCUACAGUGUGUGUCUGCGUAUAGAGAAUGUGUGUGUGUUUGACUGAUAGUCUGUAGUCUAUGUUGAAUGGUACCUUGCUACCGUAUUUCUGGCAUGGAGGGUCAUAUUGAAAUACUACGAUAGCAUGUUCCUGUUACAGCACUCAUUAAGUGUUCGCCCCGGGGAUUUCUGGAUGUGCUAAGAGAUCAUUGGAUGAUAAGGGCACUGUUGAAGCUGAGGAGUACCGCCUUGCACAGUUCAUCUCAUAAACAACUUCCAAGGUGUUCCUUUGUGAGCCGGGAUCCCAGAUUACCCCAGCAUGAUGCUGCCCAUCUGUGUGGGAUGGGCUCCUCCCCGGCACUCUGUAAGGAUGUCACAGCAGAUUGAGUUUGUCCCAUGGGAGGAGCGCACUUCCUGAGCUGACCGCAUCCGGAGAGUCUGGCCCGUGACCAGCCCUGUUUUCUUUUGUGGCCGUUGCUUCCAUCUGGCAUCUAGCCAGAAGAGGUGGAAGACGUUUCCUGGCACAGCUCCCCACAGUCAGGGCCCAGUUAAUGGUACAGGGGCACGUGCUGCCUCCCUCUCCCUCGCAGGUACUUCACCCCUCCCCUGCCCCAUGCCCGGGCCUCACCCUACCUCACUGCCCAGGAGUCUGGGAUUUCUCCCUUUGUGACAAGUAAUUAUUUCUCAUCACAUAAAUACCCCUAAUAGGAACUUCUAGCUUCAAGGUCUUGAUAGUCAUCAGAAUACCCUGGUGAUGGUCUUACUGCAAAGUCAACCACAGAAGUAGCCCAGGUAUAAAACCCGAGAGUACAGUGGGGUUUGUCCCCACCUUGCUGCUGGCUUUGACAGGGAGGGGUCAAGAACUCCUUGCUAGCAAUCAGACUUCACUCCUGGCAUGCAGAAUGCUGCUUUUAUUGCCAAACCAUAGACAUUUCUCAAAGGUACUUUAGGAAAAAAAAUAAUAACCUUUCACCUAACACCUAGCAUUGCCUGAUUAAACCAAGCAAUAUAGUUGUGUACUUAAUUAAUCUCACGUGCAGGGUAGAGUUCUCUGAUGGCAAGGCACCUCCUGGAUCAUGUGUAAGCUUUCCCCUUGCUCUUAGGUGAAGAGGAGGGACAGCAUUUUCCUGGGCAGUGCCUUGUUUGUAGCAGUUUCCAAACCCUCUGUGCUUCUCCAGCUGUAACCCUGACCUGGAAGGUGAGGGCCAUUUCUGAGGCAGCAAGCGCCCGGGCCCAGGUUGGGGUGGGAGGGGGGAGGUCAGCUCUAGAAGAGGGAACCAGGGCCAGGCUCAGUUUGUAUUUUACCUUGUGGCCAAAUCCCAGAACUCCUGAGGUGGGGGGAAGACCAGCAGGGAAAGAGGCGCUUCGCUGCCUGUGUACAGCUUGAAUAAUUUCUGCUGUGCUUCCUCUUUAAUGAGCCAGAAAGAUGUUCUUAGGGAAGCAAGGCCUGCUCCCUCUUUAGUGCAUCUCCUACACCUUCAACCUGUUCAUUCACAGUUACGAUGCAGAGACCUUGAAGAAGUUCCUCCAUGGGCUUUCUGUCCACACCUUCCAGAAUUUAGCUAAUUUUCCCUUGAAAUCUGAAUUCCUGAGGUAUUUUUCCCGUUGGUGUAGUUUAUUUCAGCCAGAGCUUAGAGGCAGUUUCUUAGCUUGGUAGGUCCACAUCUCUGUCAUUUAGCUCGUGCGGUGGACUGUGUGGACACGCUGGCAGGUUUCAACAGUGAGCAGCCUCUUCCCUUUCGAAGGACAGUAUUCUCUCCAAUUCUAAGACUAGCACCGUAAAACAAAGAGCUUAGGUGGUGUCCCGGGACUCGUCAGAGUAGAAUGUAGUUUAUGAAGGAAUAAUAGAGGGACUCUGGGUUUCAGGAGCUUCUGAGUUUGUUCAACAGCAUCUCUGUUGCUCCAGAGCUCUUGGCCAUCUUUCCUCCCAGAGGCCAGGCUGCUGGUCUGCCCAUGCCAGCAGAUAAGUCUCCGCCAGUCUUGGAACACCUUAGACCAUCAAGUCAUCUGGAGGACAUCUGAGGUCACCCAAGAAUGAGAGUGUGAUGGCUGCUGAUGGUGACAGAGGUACCUCGCCGCUGCUUCUCCCCUUGGGUUCCUUUUCCAUCUCUCAUCCUUAGGAAGAGGACUGAAGUCCAAAGUCACUCUCCUGUUGUACCUACAGUGUCCAACACCCCAGUGGGCAGUUGGCGCCUUGCAUGCAGAGAGAGUGUCAGUAAAUAUGUACUUGAAUCUGCAUGAGUUAGUUGAGUACAGCAGCAAGGAAACAUUGUGAGUUACACCAUUGUGUAUACAGUAGGCUUCCUUACGUCUCUCUGGCUCAUACUGUGUCGUGUACUGCAGGCGGUAGGAAAAUGUUCAUGCAGACCAGUUGUCAGACGUCAAAGAAAGUGCUUCCUGUCACCUGCCAGAGUGGUGUUUUUAGGUGUUUGUAGUUGUUUGUGUGUACCUGCAUCAGCGUGUAAACUCUGUAUCUCUGUGUGGUACAUGUACAGUGAAAUUAUUUUUGUCCUUAAUAACUAGUGUGAUAAUGAAAAGCAAGUAAAAACCUCACAGGAUUGAUUAUAUAAUGCAGUUAUUGAGAGUAUAUAUAGUGGUAUUGUUUUUAUUAAACUUUAAAUGGUAUUUUGAUUAAAAUUUUUAAUAAGACUUUAUGCUAGAAAUUCCAUCUUUGAGCUUGGAAUCAUCAGGGCAAAACUGACUUUGGACUGACCUUGUGAAUUUACUGAAGUGAACUACGUGCAAUACCAAGGGGGUAGCUCAUUGUAAUCUGGGAAAUACAAAAAGAAAAGGGGGAAAAAACCCAGCCUGUUCAGUCUUAACGACUUCAGUAUUACGAGCACUUAGACAUAAAGUUGAAGCGACAGUUUUGGGCUUAUUACAAAAUGUGAUGCUUGAAAGCACACGUUCUUUAUUGUCGUAAUUAGCCCAGGAAAAUACAGCCAGAGAAUGAAACAAGUACCCAGCAUAUCCGCCGUGUAUCUGUGUGUAUUUUACAAUAUAGCAAACCACUCUCCUGGUGCCAUAUCCUUGCCCUCCCGACUUUAAAGAAACACCACAAGCACCAAGGUGGUCCCCGGUACCCCGCCUCGGGUACUGUAUUCUAGGUUCACAGCUGCCCACGUUAGCGGCUGGCAUCACAGUGAAAGCAUCGUAGGACCAGGUUAAGAUUUCAUUUAAUAUUUUUAUACUUAGGUCUCUUUUUCCUGCCUCUCCCCAAAGAAGUGCCACUGGCCUUAGUUGUUUGAGCUUACUGCUUAUAUUGUAGAGUGUAAAUAGAUAACUAGAGACUAAACUUUUAUUAACCAGCAUGUUUGGUGUAUUUAAAGCUGUGGCUGAGUGUGUCUGAGUGCGUGCGUGGGUGCAGUCCAUCAGACGUGCUGCCUCCUCGUGUCUUUGUGUGUGAGUGACUUGGGAAGUGGAGCCAUGGGGUUGGGGAAACUGAUCUUCAGCCCCUGGCUGUGUGGGGGGCAGUUUCACUUGAGCUUUGUUUGUUUAUUAACUCUACAGUCUCCAACUAUUUUUGCAAAUAUCUUUCCUAGUUGGUUCUCAGCGUGCGCGGUGGACCAGCCCUGCGACUGAUCAGCAGGGCAUUAGCUCUGCGACAGUAUUUCUUUCUGAGAAUUAUUGUGACUUGCAAUAGCAGCCAUUGGAUUCCAAAUCUUACAGAAAAGGAGUAGCAGAAAUUAAAACCUUGAAAUGUUUGAACUUUUCUAUAAAACCACAGAGAUUAUAAAACCAAGUAACUAUUUGACAUGGAUAAUGAUGUCCACUCUACAGAGAGUGUAUGUGCACAUUGACUUGUAACGCCAUUGGGGGACUGCCUGUGAAGCUGUCAGAGCAAGAGAAAUUAAACCAAGCUGAAACUGGGGAGGGGAGAGCGAUCUGGUCACCUUCCACCCAGGGCAGCCAUGCCCAAGGGCAGUGCUCUGCUCCCACAAGCAGCUGCCCAUCCCUGAGAUGUGGAGGGGGACGAGUGGACAGCUCCGGGGCCUCCCAGCUGUAUGCACACAGUGAAUACUGUCCUUAAAGGUCAAGGUGGUCUAGAGUGGUGGACACAGGGCCUGAAGCCACGACACAGAUGCCUCCCAGGGGCUGGGGAGGAGUCUGAGCUCUACUCUCCGACCCAGAUGCUUUGCAUUUGUCGACAAACGAGUGAGGGGAGCACGCCACAUCCUUCCUGGGGGGCUGCCAACUUGAAGGUCCCUUUAGAAAGGAGCUGGAGUGGAGACGCAGCAGCGCCCUUGCUACAGGGGCCCUGAUGCGGCCGUCCAGAGCGGGCACGCACGGAAGGUUCCCAGUGAGGGCGCACAGGGGCGGGGGCUGUGCAGGGAAGAGGGCUAAGCUCUCGCUUGCCUUAGGCCCCAAAGCAAGCACCUCUCACUUCCACUCCUGAGAACACUGGCAGACUUUCACCGAGUCUUUCCCCACCGUCUGCGGGAGGAAGUCUUCAGGUUCCGAGGAGAACCACGAUGCAGGCCUGAGCCCCGCUGCUCUGAGCCCUGAGCCCCGGGGCACUGCGGGACCCCUGCAGGGAGGAGCUCCUCCCCAGCCUCCUCCCCUGAGCAGCGAGCACCCCUGGGCUUCGGGUGCUUUGGGAGUCCAACUGCCCCAGUGGUUGGACCAGGGGCCCAAAUGAAUGACAACAGUUCCCUGACUGGAAUCCAGGCCCUGGCAGGAAUCGAGCUGGGGCGUAGAGCCCUAGCCAGGGGUGGGUGGGCUCUUUGCCUCUGUACCCACAUUUCCGGAAGUGGAGGCGGUUUCGCUUCCGUGGGGUGGGUCAAGGCGCCCGCACCUCCUGCUUUGCCAUUUGCUCAGCCCCCAUGAGAACCCGCAUCCUCUUCUACCUCAGGUUUUAGGAACCCAUUCCAGACCGGAAGUAUACCCGAGUGGCGCCCUGUGUUGUCAGCCUGGGUUCCCGUGGACGUGCAGCAGGCUGAUCGCUGGUGUCUUUUCCAGUAAAACAAGCUUUUCACUUCCGCCACGUGUUCACUGGGGUGUAUUCACGUUGGCUCAAACGAAUUGGCAGUGUGGAAAAUUCCUUUACCUUCAUAGUUUCCUUCACCAGUCAUUUUAGUUUAAUUGCAGUCCCGGUGCCAUAUGUCCCCCUGCAAAUUGUGAAAGUAAUCAGUGACAAAAUCACAGCUACUCCUUUUCAGUGGCCGAGCCGCCAUGUGAGCAGUCUUAGGUAAGCAAGUGGCAUCGCCUCGUGUACUGGAAAGCUGUUCCUCAUUAUCACCCACCAGAUCCGAGAAAUGCCGCCUCGUGGCAUUUACGGUGGUCGUCUCGUGAGCGGAACAGUAGUUUAUGUGGAUAUUGUUAAAGUGUUUAAAGAAUAUUUUGAAAAUUAAGUUUACAUUUUACAAUUGCUUUAUUUUUAUUAAAAUAGUUGUAUAUAAAUAUUCCCCUAUUUCACUGUUGUUAAAGUAAGCCGAAAACUUGUAGACAAGUGAGUCCCCUGAUAUGUAUAGAAGCUGUGAUAUGUAUAGUACAUUGCUCUAUUGUGUAAAUGUUCAUGAAUAUAACUGUUCCUGUGUUUUUAUAAGUUGGGAGUAUUUUGUUGUUUUACAACAGCAAAAUUUAUUGCAUUUAAAUGGUUUUUAUGUAAUAGAAAUCAUGCAAAAUAGUGAAGGAUUUAAAAAAUAUAUAUGGUAUAUGUAAAUGUACGACUUUAGAAAAAAAUAAAUCCAGCAAAUUUCA